AUGGCCAAAUCGACUUUUGCAUACUGUUCCCAAUUCUUCACAUGGCAGAUGAUUGAUAUCAAGGAAUGUCUCAUAGUCGAUUAUCUCACAGGUAUCUAUCUAUCUAUCUAUCUAUCUAUCUAUUUAUCUAUCUAUCUAUCUAUCUAUCUAUUCGCUAAAGUUAUUUCGUUUUUUCUUUAUUGUUUCAUUCCCCUCUCCUUUCCUCAUUAUAUCCACCUCCUUCCCUCACUUACUCUUUAUUUGCAAAUGCAGAUACUCGUAUUUUCUUUCGUUGUUUCUUUCUUUCUUUCUUUUCUGACACCUUCCUUUCUGGCAAAAUUCUUUUUCUUUCUUUUUUUCUUUCUUUCAAUUUUUACUUUAUUUCUUCCCUUCCAUUCUCACUUAUUACUCGCUUCUUCCUUUCUUGCAAAUGCAAAGAUUUGUAUUUACUUACUUACUUACUUUCUUUCUUUCUUUCUUUCUUUCUUUCUUUCUUGUCAAAGUAGAUAUUCGUUGUUUCGUUUUACUUUAUUUGUUGCCUUCCUCCCUCACUCCUUGCAAAUUUGGAUUUUCUUUAUUUCGUUAUUUCUUUUUUCGUGCUUUCUUUCUUUUUUGUCAACGUUUGUAUUUUUUUAUUUCUUUAUGCUUCCAUCCUUCCUUCCUUCCUUCCUUCCUUCCUUCCUUCCUUCCUUCCUUCCUUCCUUCCCUCCUUGCUUCCCUUUCCUUCCUUCCUUCCUUCCUUCCUUCCUUCCUUCAUUCUUACCUUCCUUAUUACUUCCUUCCUUCCUUCCUUCCUUAUUCCUUCCUUAUUCCUUCCUUCCUUCUUUCCUUCCUUAUUUCUUUCUUCAAUAUUCCUUCCUUCCUUCCUUAUUCCUUCCUUCUAUAUUCCUUCCUUCCUUCCUCAUUCCUUCCUUCCUUAUUCCUUCCUUCCUUCCUUCCUUCCUUAUUCCUUCCUUCCUUCUUUCCUUCCUUAUUUCUUUCUUCAAUAUUCCUUCCUUCCUUCCUUCCUUCCUUCCUUAUUCCUUCCUUCCAUAUUUCUUCCUUCCUUCCUUCCUUCAUUCUUACAUUACUUCCUUCCUUCCUUCAUUCUUACAUUACUUCCUUCCUCAUUCCUUCCUUCCUUCCUUCCUUCCUUCCUUCCUUAUUCCUUCCUUCCUUUCUUCAUUCCUUCCUUAUUCCUUCCUUCCUUAUUCCUUCCUUCCUUAUUCCUUCCUUCCAUAUUCCUUCUUUCAUUCCUUCCUUCCUUCAUUCCUUCCUUCCUUUCUCAUUCCUUCCUUCCUUCCUUCCUUAUUUCUUCCUUCCUUUCUUCCUUCCUUCCUUAUUUCUUCCUUCCUUAUUCCUUCCUUCCUUCCUUUCUUCCUUCCUUCCUUAUUCCUUCCUUCCAUAUUCCUUCUUUCAUUCCUUCCUUCCUUCAUUCCUUCCUUCCUUCCUUGUCAAUGUAGAUAUUCGUUGUUUCGUCUUUAUUUAUUUCCUUCCUUCUCCUCUUCUUUCCUUCCUCCUUACUUCCUUGUAAAUGCGGAGAUUUGCAUUUUCCUUCUUUCUUUUUUGCUUUCUUUCUUUCUUUCUUUCUUUCUUUCUUUCUAA